AUGAGCAGCGCAACGCCCCCCACCUUGGUCAAGCCUCGGAGGCCCAGGCUUGGUCCGGCUGGGGCGACUCCCGCGCCCGCCGAUCAUGCGGUGGCGCCGCGUCCCCUCUGGAACGACGCGGCGGCGACGCCGAAUCUCGACGCGAUGCGUCGCGCGCUCGUGGCCGAUCUCUCGCGACACUUCCCUCUGGACCCGAGUUCGACCGAGGUUGGCGUGGUUCUCAUAUGCGGCGAUAGCGAGGACGCCUCGAUGGACUGGGCGGGGCUCGUCCUCACCCUCCCUUCCGUCGCGGAUCCGGAAGACGACGAGGAGAACGACGGGGAGGAGGCGGGCUCGCUGUGGGUCAAGCCUCUUCACAUGGACGGGCCACGCGCGCACGACGAGAAGAAGAAGCGCGCCAAGACAAAAAGGGGCGGCGACCUGGUCCUGGUAUCGGCCGAGGACCCUCCCCCGCUCAGCCUCGCGCGUCCCACCGCCCCCGUGGUACGCCUGUCCGUCUCCAAGGACUCCCCGGUGCAGAAGAUCGACGGCGCGGCGAUCAUGGACCGCCUCCGCUUCACCACCACCGAGCUCGCGCCCGCCGGUUCGGGCCAAAGCCUCGGAGCCGUCGAGGACCGCGGGCUCAACCCGACGAAGGGCCACGACGUGAGCCGAUCGACCGUCACUUCGGUGUACGCGUUCGCCCCGGAGAGGCACGAGCUCGCGAAAGAACUCAGCCGCGACCUCGCGGCGACGGGAGGCGCCCGGCCCCCUCGACACGCGUGCCUCCCGUCGCCCCGAGCGUCGUCCGCAGCCGACGUCGGGAAAAGGAAGCGACCCGCGUUUGGUCACGACCCCGACGGCGAAAACGACGAAUACACAUACGGCGAAUACGACGAAUACGACCACGUCGACACCCCGGGCACCACGGUCGUGUUCGAGGGGACGUCCAGGCAGACCGCGCGAAGGGUCCCGGGGCUCCCCGCCCCGGUCAGCAACCCGUUAUUCGACGACGCGGGAUCGGCGCUCGACUUCUUUGACGCAGAGUCGAAGGACGACGUUGGAACGCCCCGCCCGCCGCCGCCGGCUCUCGGGGACAAGGCCGCCGCGGUCCUGCGCGACGCGCUGCGGAGCUCCAACGCCGUGGAGCUGGUCCUGCCGAGGUCCGACGUGAUGUGCGCUCUGGCGGAGGUGGACGAGAUGAGAUCCAGGCUCAAGAGACCGCGAUGA